AUGCACUUCGCAAGCGUCCUCGUCCUGAACAUGUUCGUCGCCUGCUACACACGGAGCAAGCUUGCCAAGACAAAGGAGGGCUUCACCUUUCUCAGGCAAACGUGCGGGCGUUGGACCUAUUUGGUCGACUUUUUGUCACUGUUCAACGUCGGGAGCCGAAGAAUUCUGGUGGGAUAUAGCAAGGAGAAGCUGCAGACGGCCGAAAUUGCGGACGCGUCGCAGAAGGCUGUGCUUGAGAAACAGCUUGCCGAGAUGCAGACAACCAUCGAGCACAUCUCUCUCGUCCCGCGCCUGUUUGAAGAUGUAGUUCAGACCAUGAUCCAGAUGCUCAUAAUCUGGAUUCAGGCCCAAGUUGGUGUGGGUCUUCGUGUGUCCCAAUGGUUGGGCAUAAUCUUCUCCAUGAUCAACCUCUACGUUGGCGUCGCCGGCGAGUUCGUCAACGUGGUGCUCACAUUAAGCCUAGUGCUGUACGACGGCAAUGACCUCCCACCACCGACUCGACACAUCCCCGACAGGGCCUUGACAGACUUCUUCGACUUGGCUCUUGGAGUCGACAUGCUCGGUAUCAUGAGCUGCGCUUGCAGGAUCUACUUCACGUCGCAGGUAGGCGGCAGCAUGUUACGCACCUGGAUGCUGACGGGGCAUUCCGCCUUUCUAUUGCUACACCUGAUGUUGCAUAUGGCGAUGCUGAGAUGCAAGAAAGACGGACUGCAACACCUCAGGGGGUACCCCCUGGCCUUCAUUGUGAACCCGGCAGUUCUGAUUGUGCUCGGAUGCUUCCUCGCUCCUACACAAGCACGCCUGUAUGGCCUGCAGACCGAUCCGUAUUUCAAUGCUGGUUUGCAUUGGAGUUCAGGCGCUUCGUUUCUUUGCCGACUUGGCUUCAUCGGCUUGCUGGGCUUCGUCUUAUACUUGGAGUACUUUGAGAUCAGAACAUGGACGCUGGUGUGCCUGGGAAUCCCAGACACGCUGCAGCUUCUGAUCAGCUUUGUGUGUUUCCUUCAAGUCUUGGACCACGAGGAGGAGUAUGCUGCUUUGCCACCUCAGCCAGCUCCGUCUUCGGAUCCAGAAUAUGUCUCAGAACGGCGUGCGCAGCUCCCGAAGGGCUUUUUCUAUGUGCUGUUUAUCGUCUUCGCUUCAGUUGCUUGCGUUACAACGUGGCACCUGGGCGCCGGGACGCACAGGCCGAGCCACUCCAUGCUUGUGGUAAACUCUUUCGAUGCCGAUGUGAAUGGCGUGUAUGAGUUCGUCGGCUACCACGAAAACCUCCCAAGCUUCCACCGCGCCUCUGGCAAGAUGCAGCUUUUCUUCCAGCAUGACCGAAGCUGGGAGCCGCCCUACGAAGACGCCUGGGUUUUCAGUCAAUACAAGCCCCACUUCUUCCAGGAGCAGCCCGUAAAGUACCUCUACCGAUCUCUGGUGCAACGCAAGGAGAAUGGCGUAACGCAGGUGGAUCACGUAGAGCAGGCAACCUCCUGGGAGUCGCCGGAUGGCAAGCAGAUCGCUGGCUCAGUCCAGCCGAUGACGAGCUCUGAAAAUUCCAAGUUCAUCUUGUGGGCUGACAACGCCUCAGAAGUCUCUGGAACUUGGACAUGGAAGGAGGAUGUGCAAACCAUGUCUAAGUUUGGGCCUUUGGUGACAGCCCGCAGCGUGCACAAGAUGCAAGAGGCUCGACCUCUCUACGAAAAGGAGCUGGGCAAGGAAGCGACUUCAACAAAGCCCGCAAGUUUGUCUUUUCAUACGGGCAGAUGGCACCUCAAAGUUGGAGACAAAGACGCAUUCAUCCUCGCUUCCAACGACACUUGCCCUUUCGACUUUGACAGCAUCCGUGCCACAGAGUUCAAGUCCUUCCGAGGAUGGCAACGAGUAAAUUGCGCAACAGCCCAUUGCCACAAGGAGGUGUCGCUGCGCAUCGGCUUCCUCUGCCAUGGUCUAUGCAACUCUGCCGGAUGCUCCGGCCCGGCAAGCUCCGACUGUACAGGCUGCCGCUACGUGCGAGCACUCAAGGGCCACUGUGCCAAAGCCUGCGACACUUUGGAGGUGGAUGUGGGCGGCACGUGCCAGAAGUCAUGCGAACUCCACCAUUGCCCACCAGGGCAAGCUCGGAGGUCGGGGGCAGAUGGCCUCGCUGGCGAGACAGAUGACGCCCGGCACACGAGCAUGUAG